UUAACAGAAAUGACGUAAAUAUGAAGGGGUGUGUUUUAAGCCGGAAGAAUGCAAGUGGAUUCUUAGCGGGGUUUGGCAGACCUGUAUACUUCCAGAAGGGGAUGACUAAAGAGACGAGAACAGACACCAGUAAAGUGCUUAUAUUUGCAGUUUUUUCUCGGAUUGUGUCAUUGGUGCUACAGGCUGUGUGUAACCUUCUAAUACCAGAUCAUGAACCUGAUGCCUUCCAACCUCCCCGUUUGUGUAAACCCAGCAAAUAUGACACUGUGGUGGAAGCACUUUUUGGGGGUCUGUCACGAUGGGACGCUGAACACUUCCUCUUCAUUGCAGAGCAUGGUUAUGUAUUUGAACAUAACUUCGCCUUCUUUCCACUGCUUCCUCUGAGUCUGAGAGCUGUAGCAAGCAGUCUGUACUGGCCUCUAGGAGGAUGGCUUAAUUUUCGAAGCUGCUUACUUCUGUCUGCUGUUGUCAUAAACUCUGUUCUUUUUGUUUUAAAUACUGUCACCUUAUUCAAGCUCAGCAGGCUAGUCCUUCAAGAUCGUCUACUAGCAUAUUACUCAAGCCUUCUGUACAGCAUUACACCAGCUAAUGUCUUUAUGGUGGUUGCCUAUUCGGAGAGCCUUUUUGCCUUUCUCUCAUUUGCGGCCAUGUUGCAGCUAGAAAAAAAGAGGAUCACCCUGAGCUGCAUUCUGUUUGCCCUGGCAACAGCUACUCGAUCAAAUGGUAUUGUCAGUGCAGGUUUUCUGGGCUAUAGUCAGCUACAGAACUGUAUUCAACAUCUCAGAGUAACCAGACGAAAUAAAAACACAUCAAAGCUUUUACCCUGUGUGGGGAUUUCAGCUUGGUUUUUUUUGCUGGUGCUGGUGGGAACUGUGGUCAUUCUUUUACCCUUUGGCCUUUUUCAGUAUUAUGGAUACAAAGUGUUCUGUAAUCCCACAAGAAGAAUUGAAGAUUUGCCUCUUGCAUUGAUUAAACUGUCAAACCGAAAAGGGUAUCGGCUUCCAGAUGUAUCUCAAGAGCUCCCAGCUUGGUGUUUUUACCAAUGGCCUCUGCUGUAUUCCUACAUACAAGAUGUUUAUUGGAAUGUGGGAUUUCUGAGAUAUUACAAACUCAGGCAGGUGCCAAACUUUCUGCUGGGUCUGCCCAUUAUAGUUCUGGGCACUCAAGCUGCCUGGCGUUAUUUCAGGACAAAGCCUUGGUUUUGUUUGCAGUUAGGACUUGUAAGAAGAGAUGACAUGACUGACAACACACAUAACGAUGGAAAAAUCAAAGCCAACAAGCUAGCCCAGGGAUUUUUUUCUGCCCGUGUUUUUGUUUACCUAGUUCAUGGAACGCUCUUACUAAUGUUUGGGAUCUUUUGCAUGCAUGUACAGGUAACAACACGGUUUCUAGCCUCUUCAUCCCCAAUCUUGUACUGGUAUUGUACUCAGCUUCUUCGGGAUAAUGAGCCUUUGCUUAAUUUGGAGAGCAAGGAGAAGCAAACACCUUUAUCAGUGAAACAACAAACGCAUAAGAGACCAGGUUCCUUUAUAAUCUGCCGUUUACUUUGGAAAGUCGUUCCCAGAAAUACACUCACAGAACUAUUGGUUAAGUGGAAGCAAACCAAUUUGGUUACAAAGUGCAUCCUUGGUUACUUUGUGUCCUACUGGGUCUUGGGACUUCUUCUGCACUGCAAUUUUCUUCCAUGGACAUAACGUAUGGAUUACUCCUGUAUAUUUAAGAAGUACACAUCAACCUUUGUAGAAGGCUUUCUCAUAUACUUGGCAAUCCAUCUAGAGCUAAUACGAUCAAAUACUUUUUGUAUGCUAAUGUAAUGGCCAUUGACGUCCUCCUUACUUCUCUGGGAAAUGGUGUUUUUUGUUGACUAUUUUGGCUAAACAAAAAAGUUAACAAACGAGGAAAGGUCAGAAAAUGUCAGUGGCUUUAUAAAGAUCAUUCCCAUUUAUUAAAUGUAUGGUGUAUUAAUUUCCAAACCCUGGGUUGUGCCACUUUUUGUUCCUUUCUACAUGCCCAAGCAUCUGUUAUUAAGCUGCUAAAACGUUUGUGUGUCUUAUGAUUUUCUGUAUAAAACUAUUUUAACCAUGACCCUGAACAAACAGCUAGUUUUGUAAGAUAUGAUUUUUGACAUUUCUAUAUAAUUAUUAAAGGCACAUAUAUAUUUCUUUAACCCUGUAAUAGAAAUUUUGUGAAGCUGUCUGUUUCUGUGGCCCACCCUACAAAACCCAGCUGAUUUUAUAUUUUGUCAUUAACAGUAACAUCACAGUAGUGUCAAGAAAAAAAAUAACAGAAAAAUCACAAAGAACAAGCAAGAAGAAGCUGUCCCUUUUGAAAAGACUCAUCUGUGUCUUAUAUAGACCAAGGUAGGGACAGGCUUUAUUAACAUCUCUAACUGACCCAACCACUGAGCAGAAUAAGCAAGCUGUAUUUAAAUUGCCAAAUUGUUUAGCGCAGGGAUCCUCAGUCACAGUCCUGGAGGGCCACAGUGGCUGCCGGUUUUUGUUCUAACCCGGUUGCUUAAUUAGAAAGCAA